AUGGAAGAAGCUCCGCCACCGCCGGACACCAAGAAGGCCGAGGAGUCUUCAACCACGGCAUCGUCCCGGAAAUUGGACCCGGAGGCUACAGUACCCAUGAAAACCGAGGCCGAGGGAGAAAGUCCCGAGUCAUCGUCUGAGGUCGAAGAUGAGGAGCUACAGGAUGAGGAAGAAAAACCUGAGGUGGCGGCAAAGGCGCGCCAAAAGGUCCAGGCUAGCCUCGAGGCGGGAGUCAAGCAUCCGUAUCCGGACUGGAAACCGGGCGAGCCGGUUCCCUAUGCUGCCCUUUGCAAGACCUUCUCACUGAUUGAGCUCACCACCAAGAGGCUGGAAAUAAUGGCGCACUGCUCCCUGUUCCUCCGCCAAGUCCUGCGGCUUACUCCAGACGAUCUUUUGCCCACGGUCCUGCUCAUGAUCAACAAGCUGGCCCCUGAUUACGCUGGGAUUGAGCUUGGUAUUGGCGAGUCGCUAAUCAUGAAGGCUAUUGGGGAGACAACGGGCCGCAGCCUUGCGGUCAUUAAGCAGGAUCAGAAGGAGAUUGGAGAUCUGGGGCUAGUCGCCGUCAAGUCAAGAUCGACACAACCGACCAUGUUCAAGCCGAAGGCGCUCACCAUUCGGGCUGUCCACAAGGGGCUUAUGUCAAUUGCCACUAUGACUGGCAACGGCGCGCAGGGACGAAAGGUUGACAGUAUCAAGAAACUUCUCUCAGCAGCGGAUGCGAACUCAAGUGGUAAGGUGGACAUCACUAAGGAUAAGGGUGGGCCAAGCGAAGCCAAAUACCUCGUCCGUUUCCUGGAGGGCAAACUGAGGCUUGGUCUGGCCGAGAAAACCGUCAUUGUGUCGCUUGCCCAGGCAAUGGUGGCCCAUGAGGCCGCUCAGAAGGGCAAGGUGCCCAGUACCAGCGACAUCGAGAAAAGCGAAUCCAUUCUUAAGGCGGUUUACAGUGAGCUGCCAAGCUACGAGGUUAUCAUUCCGGCCAUGGUGGAGCAUGGUAUCCUCAAUCUGAGAGAGCACUGCAAGCUCCGGCCCGGUGUCCCGCUCAAGCCCAUGCUGGCGAAGCCAACAAAGGCCAUUACCGAAGUCUUGGACCGUUUUGAAGGCCAGACCUUUACAUGCGAGUACAAGUACGAUGGUGAGAGAGCGCAGAUUCAUUAUGUCGCCAAGGAUACUGGAGAAUCACUCAGCCAGUCGACGUCGAGCGCCACAAAAGAGGUCGGCAAAGGAGUUGCCUCGAUCUUUUCAAGAAACUCGGAAGAUCUGUCGAAGAAGUACCCCGAUAUCCUUGCUAAACUUCCUACCUGGGUGAAGGAGGAGACAAAAAGCUUCGUCUUGGAUUGCGAGUCGGUAGCAUGGGAUGUUCAAGAGAAAAAGGUCUUGCCUUUCCAGCAGCUUAUGACGCGAAAGAAAAAGGACGUCAAGAUAGAAGAUGUCAAGGUCAAGGUCUGCGUGUUUGCAUUCGAUCUGCUCUAUCUCAACGGUGAGCCGGUGGUUGAGAAGUCUCUUCGGGAACGCCGUGAGCUGUUAUACAAGUCUUUCACCCCUGUAGAGGGUGAGUUUGCCUUUGCCACGGCCAUGAACGGUCAGGAGCUGGACGAGAUCCAGACGUUCCUCGACGAGUCGGUCAAAGCAUCCUGUGAGGGUCUAAUGGUAAAGAUGCUCGACGGAGAGGAGAGCGGGUAUGAGCCAAGCAAGCGAAGCAGGAAUUGGCUCAAGAUCAAGAAGGACUACCUCUCUGGCAUCGGCGACUCCCUUGACCUCGUCGUUUUGGGCGCUUACCAUGGCAAGGGAAAGCGCACCUCGGUCUACGGUGCCUUUCUACUUGCGUGCUACAACCCGGGCACCGACACGUAUGAGACGGUCUGCAACAUUGGCACGGGCUUCAGCGAGGCGGUGCUUGAGGAACUGCAUAAGGCCCUCUCGCAAAUCGUCAUUGAGCGGCCGAAGCCCUUUUACGCGCACAGUUCAGGCGGACAGCACCAGCCUGACGUCUGGUUCGAGCCGCGCUACGUGUGGGAGGUCAAAACGGCCGACCUGACGCUCAGCCCCCGGUACAAGGCCGGUAUGAAGGAGGGCGUGGAUCCCAGCGGGGAGAAGGGCAUCAGUCUGCGGUUUCCCCGCUUCAUCAGGGUGCGGGACGAUAAAAAGCCUGACGAGGCAACGACGAGCAGGCAGGUGGCCGAGAUGUAUCGCAAACAGGAAAGCGUGACAAAGAGCAAGGGGCCGGCGGUUGACGAUGAUUUCGAGUACUAG